UUCAGUUCAUUCAGUCGUCGAAAUGUUAUUAAAAAGCGGGUCGGAAAUAUACCUAUGUAUAUCCUUAACACUGGUAUCAUGGGGAUUUAGUUCAGCAUUUUUCUUUCCCAAUUUGGAGAAAGCAGCAGCAAGAGAGAAUCCAGUCUACACCUACUCUUCCACGCUCGGGAGAUUUGUAGAAGUCGAGCCUGUCAAUAACUAUUUGCCUAUGAAUAUGGAAGAUAUGUUUGCAACAAGAGCUAAUUAUAUUCACAAAAACGCUUUAAUUCAACAAUUGAUAAGUCACAAUGCUGAAUUACAAAAUACCAAUCACUUCUUGACGAAAAUUGCUGAGCGAUCGAUCGAGCAUCUUGCUUUAUUAGGAGAAACUAAGAUCGAUGAUCUGAUUAAAUUGAAAACCGAAAAGUUACAAAGUGAAAUAACAGCAAACACUGCAGCUAUCGAGGAUCUAAAGCGCAAAGUAGCAAAUCUUGUACCUAAAAAAGAUUCCGAUAUCUUAAAGGAGGAUAAGGAUGUCUCGGAGCCAGAGGAGGAUUUGAUUGAAUUGUUGUUACAGGGUGAGGGGGACGGUGAGGAUACCUUGGAGUCGCAGGUGAAUACGGAAUUGUAUCAGUAUAAGGGUGGGGAUAACUCAAAGUUUGAGAGGGACUUAUUUAAUAUAAUGAAAGCCGUAGAGUCACCUGCGGAUAAGGAAUUGGAUCAGAAUAAGGAGUCAAAUGAGGAUAAUGUGUUGGAUCAGCAUAAGGAUGAGGAGUUGGAAAGGGAAUUAUUUCAUAAAAUGGAAUCAUUUGUGACUUUGGGGUUGGAUCAGAAUAAGGGUGAGGGUGAGGAUGAGGAUGUCCUGGAAUCGCAGGAACUCGAUCAGUAUAAGGGUGAGGAUAAGCCGGAGUUUGACAAAGACUUCCUGGAAGAAUUGGAUUCACAAAUCAAACAGCGGUUGAAUCAGAAUACGGGUGAGGAAACGCUCUUCUAUCAUUGGGACGGUAUUUCAAAUUCACAGCAGAAUGAAGGUGUCUUUGACAUUGAGCAAGAUGAAAGUUCAGUAGAGACUCAGACAGAUGAAGGGGGCUUGAGUACGCAGAAAGAUGAAAGUUCCUUGGAGAUUGAGGAAGAUAAAAGUCCCUUGGAGAUGCAGAAUUAUGAGAACCCAAAUGUAGAUUAUUAUAAUGAUUAUGAAAAUGGUAUGUAAUGCUAGAGAGAAUGGAAACUAAGCUUUCCAAUCCAAUGGAGGCUGGGGAUACACGGAUUGAGCAGCUUUAAUAAUUUCAACUUGCUCGAAAGUACUUCUCUAUUGAUGGGAAAUACAACAACAACCUAUUUUGGCCAAUUUUGUGACUCUCAAAAGAAAGCUGAUUAAAAGUAAAGUAAAAGUAACAUAGUAAAUUAAUUAGACAAAUAUAGUACAGACUGUUUAAACACCUUAAAAAAAGUUUAAUUAAAUUUAUUAUUAUUUCUUCAAUAUUUGUAUUUUACGACUACAGGGUAUUAAUGAGUGUGUGAAAUCUCAGUUUCUUUCUCAAUUGGCAGCUAAUUUAUAACGUAACGGUCAAGUAGUUUACUUAAUAAAUUCAGAGCGACAUCAUACACGUGAUCACCUA